UAUACAUAUCUGGUGUCAAAUACGAGGUUCAACGGCGACAACGCGGACUUUAGAUGAUGGUUCGAGUUCUACGAUUGGGCUUGCUUGCUAAAUGUACGCGUCUUUGUUGUUUCAAAUGCUGUGCCAUAGACUGAUUGUGCCUCGGUUCGUCGCAAGCAUGGCGCCACCGACCUGUGAAUGCUAGGCUUUCGACUUUUUUCAGACGUUGUCUGGCGACAAGGCCCUUUCGUUUCAGAUUGUACUUCUCAUCGACGCGGCGCAGUUUUCUGUAGCUUUUCCAUCCUUCAGGACGCGGUGGGGACUCCUAUCUCUUCCCUCCUUCUGUUCUACAGCAGGAGCUGCCUCUUCCCCUGAUCCGGACAUAAAGAUUCACUGCCUCUGUUAUUUCUUAUCAUGGGCUUCCGCAACGCGAGUUUUGUUGCUGGGUACACUUUUCGACCCUGCGGCAUGUGCAAAUCAGCUUCCAACAUAUUUCUAUGACUCCAAGUUCUCAAACACAACUCCUUGUUUUUUAUGACGAUGGCAACUUUCAUGAACACAUACCUCGAUAACCUGGUACAUUAGCGAAAAGCGUACACGGAUCUGCCUCUAUAUUUCCAAACACCUCCACUCUCCUCUCGGACGGGCCGGCACACGCGGGACAACAACUACUCAAAGACAUCGCGUUCUACGAAUUUCAAGAUCUCUUGUCUGCCUCAUGUUUGCUACCGGAGCGUUUCGGUCCUUCAGCCUCAAGCGCCCUGCCCGGCGCCUCUCUCGUGGCAUAUUUUCGAGAAAGCCUUCUGUUUCACCAGAAGGGGCAGAGCCUCUGCACGAAAGCAAAGGUUCUCCUUCUGCCGCAAGAAGAGAGAAAGGCAGACAAAGCAGAUCGCAGUCAGCAGACGCGCGGCACUCUCGCUACGAGAGGUGGUGGACUUUCCUCUCGAAGAAAAGCUCCGCAAGCUUCCCGGAACAACAUGAAGGGACGUUCACUGAGAUCCACAAUCUUGACCACCAACGAUAUGGAAGCCCGAGAGACGCAAACGGCAGAGGUACAAGGAACGCAGAUGCACAGGUGCCAAGCAUGGUGCAAGCGAAGAAAGACACGGAGAAAGCCGGAGAAGUAACUGGUCAAGCAGAAGUGAGUAACAGGGGGGACUGAGUGUGGCUUUUUGAAACAUCCUUGAAUUGCGGACAGGCGGUGUGUCUGCAUCGUAGAAACACUCGGAUCAGCUCUUCCCUUCGUGCUACACCGUGUUGAAUAGAAAGGCGCAAAGAGACAGGCGACCAUGUACAAUCUCGACUUUGACACCGUACAGUGCCUCAACCACGCGGCAGAAACCACACCGUUUCUACCAUGAGACACAGGUUUUGUGUUCCGGCGUCGAGCAUUAUUGAUGUUGCCUAUCAGGUCCAAGUGUGUUGUUUCCUCGGUCUGUUCCUGUUGUGAUACUCUAAUCCUUCGAAGUUCUCAGUGCCGCAGGGGCGUUCCCAGGUACUGCGGGGAAAACCAUGACCACGCUGAACAGAAUCGCUGUAGAAAGCCAUUCGGCACCGACGUGAGCGUGUUGAAAUAGAAAGUCGGCACUCGCGUUGAAUCAGGAGAGGGGAAGUUGACCGUGUUGUAGGGCGUUUUUUCGUGCUGCUCUGCAGGUCGACGCUAGAGGGAGUCCGGAGUUUCUCACUUCUGCAGUGGAGAACGCACGUACCUAUUUUCUUGGUGCGGGCAACCCGUGGCCCGCGCCCGGACUUGGUCGCUGCAGUUCACUUCACUCUUUGGGCUCUCUUUCGUCCUCCGCGCAGGGCAGUCAUUCCACACACUCUCGGAACUCAAUGGAAACCCCUUAUUCGCAGGGGCCGUGCGGCUCUAUGUAUAUAGCCGGCGCUGAAAUGUGCAACGGCACAGGUCAAAACUACUCGAUGAUUCCGAGUGUUCCGUCCUCUGGAAGGAGUUCCUGCCACUUCUUUCUUCCAGACACGGAACGACUAACGGGGAAAUCCGCGAAAGGAAAGGCUACUCGACAUUUCGGUCGCGGAGAUGACACGAUUCAGUGCAGAGAGGACCGCAUUUGCAACGCAGGGACACGCGCUCAUAUCGUCUCCAGGGAAGCAAAGACGAAAUUCCCCGCUACACCGUUUUCGGAGCAGUUGCAAUCGAGUGGGUCGCCCGCCAGACGCGGGCGAGAGACGCCAGGGAGAGCGCGACGAAGAGUUGAAAUGACUCACGAACCGCGUCCUCGCGGUCUGCGCAGACGGCGGAAGCGCGAAACGAGCGAAGAAGACUCCUCGGAACUUUCGUCUGUAUCGGCGAGUGGCUCAACUCCACGGGAUGGCGACUUGGUAGGCCGGUAUGGCAGAGGACGCGAAAGCGGACACGGGGUGCGGAGAGGUUCUCGUGAACGCUCUCCUGGUGAGAGCUUGGAGCAUUUGCCCACAAAGAAUAUUCAGUCUGGUUCAUCCAGCGAAGGCUGUGCGGGGCUGGAACUCCAAACGUACACAGAGCGUCCCUCCCCUCCUGGCUUGCACCUCUCUGUGUGUCGCCUUUUGUCCACGCCUCGGCCCGCCACUUCCCAAAACGCCUGCUGUGUGAAAGAACCGAAGAGGACUACGCUUCAGGCCCCGCGAGAGCAGAAAGGGCUUCAAAGUCUUACCCGGAGUGGAUCUCUUUCGGAAAAAGACGAAGACUACGACAGCGCGCACUGGCACGAACUUUCUUGUCAACUGAGUGCCGCGUUCCACUCCAGUCGUCUUUCGGAGGACCUCGACGACGAGCCGCUCUCUCAACGAAGUGUGCCUUGCGGUGCUUCGUCUGAAAAAACCGCCGAUUCGCGAGUUUCAUCGGCGGGUAAAAGCUCAUCGAGUCCUCCCGCAGGUAGCGAACAGACCUUGGUGGCUCUGCCCGCUUCACUGAGAGAAAAGCCCUUCGGGCUACACGUCAGCGAACGGAGUGAGACCCCUGUGCCCAGCAGCCACUGUACGUUGCUCGCAUCUUGUGCCUCUGCUGAAUGUGUGUUUUCCCGCUGUGCUUCUUUCCUUGGUACGUGUGCACCUCUCCUCUCAGGUUCGCGUGAGUCGGGACGGGGAAGUCCAGUUUCCAGUGGACCGACCAGCAAGACGCUAGAGCGAACUCGUGCCGACGAAAAAAAAAGGGAACACCUCAAAAAUCAGCCGGACCUUUCAGAGGAUACACUCGCUGGUUCUACCCAGAAUGCGGCUGUCAGGCUGUGCAGAGCCAACACUUUCGCGCCUCCGCCCGGAGUCGAGGCAAGACACGAAAACGGAGAAGGAAAGAAGGGGGAGGGACUUCCGAGAAGGUUGGGCGCUGGAGCAUCAGCGGAGUGUGGUUUUGAACAGGCAGACAGUGAACGGGAGAUUUCCUCGCCAUCUAUGGAAGACUGGCAAACGCGUGGCCCCCCGUGUAAGCAAGGCUGCUCUCGUCGACCCGGGGAGGCUCCGCCCAUGUGCAACGAAAGCAGUGUGCAUUCCUCCUCCGGUUCCCAUUCGUUUUUUUCUCUGUCGUCCACUUCCUCCUCGUCUUCAUGUGGGUCUUCUUCUGUCAAGUCAAUGCCCUCUUCUGCGUCUUUCGACAAGAACCACGGCAAGAAACAUGCAGGGCGGGAACGACAGGGACGCCAGGACACCUGCAAGGAACGGGUUGAGAGACAAAAACGAGAUCCACCGGAUCCCAAAGGUAGUCGUUAUAAAGAGCAAGUGAACGCGACGACGCGAGUCUGUAAACAGGCCGCUGAUUCUUCGACGUUAGAACUGACAACGGCAGAAAUGGCCUUGGCUUCCAUCGGGAAAGGCGUAACCACGGCGAUCGAGUGUGGAGCUGCGACACUCGUAGAUUUUCUUGCAGACACCCUUCCACGACUCUCUGUGGAACCCGACUACAAGCAAAUGCGUGUGAGGACUCCGAAUCAAAUGGUGAGGCCGAGAUCGUGUUCACCGUCGCUCCUGCGUCGGGAGCGCUCGCGAUUUGCGAGCGUCUCUCGCGCACUGAGCAGUUGCGGGUUGCCCUCACUCUGCAACCCCUCCGGUGCAGAAUCUCCAGACGAGGAACGAACAGAAAAACUGGACAGAACACAGGCUCGUCGCGGCGCAAAACAAGAAGCCAUGUCGUCGUCCGUGGCGACCACGCUCCGGGCCGAAGCAGUGCCUGGUUCCGCUAACACAAAAGACGCUCCUGUCCAGUUCCAGGGAAUGCGUGCUGAACUCGAAAAAACUCGGAUUCUACCCCGGAGUUUCGCCUCUGCACUUCCUGCCCAUCUCGCAGGGCCCAGCUUGGUGUCGCCAUUUUGCGGGAACAGCUCUGGUGGGUGGGGCUUGAUUGAAGGACGCCUUCGAGGGGCUCCGGCUCUCCUGGAAAACCGACGGGAAUCGCUGUCCUCAAAGCUCUUGACAAAUGCCCCUCUUAGCUUCCUGACAACCGUGCAUUCUAAAAACGAUUCUUCAGCGUUGCAUUUCGGCCACGCAAAUUCCUCAUCGGCACACACUCGGGCAGUCUUGGAAGUAAAUCCCCAGUCGAACUGGCUCUCGUCGCACUCGCCGCAGUUCGCUUUGCACAAACUUCCAUCGCAUACACCACCUAGCAGCCCCUGCAUUUAUAUCACCGGCACAUGCAAGGCUAGUGGGAUCACACCUCUUUUCGGUACCGCGGUGAACACACAACGAGGAACUUUUAGCCACAUGCCUGCGCCAGUGCAGGUUUUUCCUCUCCCUGUUCGCGCUACUGAAGAGCAGGUACCCCUCCAACUUCCACGCGAUCGCCACUCCACGAACCCUACGCGGAGUAAGUCUUCUCUGGUUCGUUCCGUUUCGGCUGGCGGUGCAUCUCCGUUUCUCUCAACAGACGCCCCCCCCCUUCCUGUCGCGGGUUCUUGUGGCACUGUAACAGAUCGUGCCUUCACACCGUCGACCCAGUCUCUUGGAGGCCCCGGUAGCCCAUUCACUGAAGAACGAACUCCCGACGAUUUCUGCUGUCAUUCAUAUUCCAAGCUCGGAGCGCUGACGCCCUGCACGACGGCGACCGCCACCACCUCAGGGUCUACAAUGCGCCAGCCUUCCUCUGAGCAGCGGCCUCUGAAAGGGUUUGCCUUCGCUUCCUUCUCGCCUCCAGUGAAUCGCUUGUCAGCAAGUGGUUUUGUCAACGACGCUUCUACAGAGAUUCCUCUCCACCCGAAGUUGUUGGUGGGAGAGGAAGAUCGUGCCUCGCUGACUAGGAGUCCUUCUAGGUCGAUGGCACUUGCCGCGGACGCAAGUAAAAACUCACCCCCAGAGACUCCGAGGAGCCUUCCUUUUUCGUUCAGCGCCCCUUCGGGGUUCUGUUCGACGAAGCCCGCUCCUAACGGGGCCGAGAAAUUGGAGAAAGAGCAACGCGCCGAAAAACACAUUCGAAGUCUUCGCCGAACCGCACCUGUGGAAUGUCAGCGGUCAAAGCAUCAACAGGAGAAGGUAUCACGAAACAGAAGGGAGGACGGUCGAUGGAAGCGCCUCGGCGGCUGCGGCAAUGAAGCCAAUGACACGUCGGUACACAUGGAAGGCGAAACGCCAAUAACGUCGUUUCCUUCUAGAUGCGGAAGCUUAAAUGGCGGUGAAACAGUGCGAGAAACGGACCCUCAAACCCAGCGUGAAAGAGAAAGGGAAGAAACCCCAGGUCGUUCUCCCUCUGCAAAUAUGAAACCCUCGACGGCGUCUUCGUGUUUCGUUGAAGAAAAGCCAGCCAGAGACAGGGAAAAUGAUCAGGCGCCCCGAAGAAAAAGGUUGCCCGCAGUUUCACGAGCUCGGUUCCUCCUGGAGGAAAUCCGGCAUCAAGAAGAGACUGGGGGGCUAACUAAAGAAGCUUUCCCGAUGGAAGAAGUGCUUGACCUGAUGAAGCAUUUCGACGUUUUGGAUGUAAAUGGAGUGAGCGUAUACAAGCUUGAGGCAGACUGGAAGAUUCCGAAAUUUUUUACUCCACACUGCGCACCCAGCGACAAGUGGGUUGAGAAAAACCAUGCUGACGGUGUCAACUUCAUGGCUUUCCUCCAAGAGAUCACAGCUAUCGCGACUGAUUUGUAUCAGGAACCGAGCCUCCCGAAUUGCCGCCUGCAGUCACAGGGGAAUCUAGAUGAAAGUGGUCUUCCGCCGUUCCUCGGUCUUUCUGAGCGAUAAGGUCUUGACAUUUCAGGUGGAGGCUUGCCUGAACUGCACGAUCUCCAUGGACACGAAAUGCUACAAAGGGAAUAUAUAUAUAUAUAUAAUUACAUAUGUUUAAGCGGUUCCGAACCACGAAGACAGGUAGAGAGUGUGCGAAAGUAGCGCUGUGGCAUUCAGAAGUAUUGGUAAUUACACAGAUCCGCAUGUGUGGUGGACUGCGAUUGGCACACCGGCCAAGUACACAGAUGCAUAACCUGAGGAAGAUUUCCGUUCGGGACCUGUACAGGCGGACGGUUUUAGUUCUUGUCAAAAGAUCCAGCCUUUACUUAUAAACUGUAACUUCUGUGUCGCGUGACUGAGAGUUUCUGUCUACCAGCGGCAGGCGUUGCAUUCAUGGGAAAGCCGAUGAACCUGUCUGUCGUGUCACCGCCGUUUACAGUCACCGAAAUACCAAGAAACCAUUCUUUCUGGAUGUAAAUCACCAAAAACCUUGUCUGGCAUUCCUUGCGCUACUCUGGCACGGAGUGUUAAAGGGUGUUGCUGCCCUCGAA